AUGACCGUCUGUAAGAUCCCAGUCCAAUUCAUCGAUUCCAAGGAGCCAAUGGUUCUGAGCGAUCCGGAGUUGAUCAAGAAGAUUCCACUGGUCGAGAGAGCUAUUAAUGCUUAUAAUCCUGACUGGGAGACCACCGACACUAUUGUAAAGACUCCACUGGUCAUUCCGUUUGCCAAGAGAGGCGGAAAAUUCGUGUUGGACAACAUGUUGAAAUAUCAGACGCUGAAUAAGAAGAGUAUUGAUUUUGAAGAAGCACGUAACAAAACUUUCGCAGAAUACUCAGAGAUUAUGGAUGUGGCACAACACAUGGGAUGCGAGGACUUUCUUCUCUGCUUCGAUUACGGAAUAUUUAAAUGGCUCUGUGACAAUAUGCGAAAUUAUUGA